UACCACUUUACAGUAUGAAGAAGACGAGAGUUUUCAGAGGUUAAAAGUAGUAGUUUAUUCAUGCUUUUAUAGUUUCCUGUAGAGUUUUCGAAGGUUUAAGAUGUCUACGGUCGAUCUAGAGUCGCAGGACUCCUUAGAUCCUGAAUCGAGCGAAUAUGAUGACGAUGAAGAUGACGACGACUAUUACUACAAAUAUGGGGACGAGGAUGAAGGAAUGGCUUCAGACAAAGAAGAAGACCCUGAAAGUUUUGAAUUCGUGAUUAUUGAUUCUAGUGAGGCUCAAGAAAUAUUCGACUCUUUAGUGGCUAAGAUCUGUCAAGAGAUAAAGGUAUCGCAAUCUGUGGCCAGAAUCCUGCUGAUUCAACACGACUGGAAUACAGAGAAGAUCUUGGAAAGGCACCGAGUUGAUCCAGUUGGGCUGCUUGUCGAGGGAAGAAUUAUUCCAGAAAAACCUGUUGUUCAAGCUACAUCAAGAUCAUUCUACUGUCCAGUGUGCUUUCAGCGUAGUACAAAGUCUAACACAACAAGUGCUUCCUGUGGCCAUUCAUUUUGUGACGAUUGCUGGAUGUUGUAUUGUGUUAACCAAUUAAAGAUUGGCUUAUCAUCUGGUAUUGAGUGUAUGAACUGUAAUCUUUUAAUUGGGGAAGAGAUGGCCCUAAAAAUACUUAAAAAUGGACCUGUGCUAGAAAAAUAUAGACAAUUUCUUUUCAAUGAUGAAGUAAAGUGUCAUCCUUUAAUGAGAUGGUGUCCGGGCAAUGAUUGUGGUUACCUGGUAAAAGUAGUGGAACCUAAAGCAAAAAGAAUUUGGUGUUCAAAUUGCAAUUCAGUAUUUUGUUUUAUGUGUGGUGAAAAAUACCAUGCUCCAACAGAUUGCUAUACAAUUAAGAAAUGGCUCACAAAGUGUGAAGAUGACUCAGAGACAGCUAAUUAUAUUACUGCUAACACAAAAGAUUGUCCAAAUUGUGGAAGCUGUAUUGAAAAGAAUGGUGGUUGUAAUCACAUGCAAUGUAUCAAAUGUAAACACGAUUUUUGCUGGAUGUGUUGUGGAGACUGGAAGAACCAUGGAUCAGAAUAUUAUGAAUGCAGUCGAUAUAAAUCCAAUCCUAACAUAGUUAAUGAGUCCGCUGGUAUACAGGCUAGGGAAGCGCUAAAGAAAUAUCUUUUCUAUUUUGAAAGGUGGCAAAACCAUGCGGACAGUCUUAAACGCGAGGAAGAGACGAAGCGAAAAAUCAAUCAAAAGAUACAAGAAAAAGUAAACAACAAUAUCGGUACUUGGAUUGAUUGGCAGUAUCUUCUAGAUGCAGCGCAGUUAUUAGCAAAGUGCCGCUACACACUGAUGUACACCUAUCCAUAUGCAUACUUCAUGGAGGACUACAGAAAAAGACUGUUUGAAUAUCAGCAAGCACAGCUGGAACUGGAAAUAGAAAAUUUGUCUUGGAAGUUAGAAAGAGACGAGCUUUAUUGCAGAGGGACGGAACGUUCGAGGUAAACUUCGUAGUUGUCCUGUCGGGGCAAGUUGGACAACGAUUUGCCUGUUGAUCGAAGUUUGAAGUGAAAGUAUGUCUGAAUAAAAUGAACAAGGCUAACUGAGUCCUGAAAACCAUAAAUGUUUGACUAAAUGAUUGCGUGUAAGAUCUGAAAAAAGUGAAAUGAAAGAGUUAACCGUAUGUUAUAACGAUCCGUCAGUCUAACUUUCAAAGGAAUUAAACCUCAAAAAUAUAAUAGUUAACUGGGGUAGAAUAUCACCGACGAGGUAAUAAUAAAUGAAAAAAAAAAAAAAACAAAAAAAAAAAACGAGGAUGGCUAAGAUUUUGAAAGAUUGAGAAUAGUUACAAGCGGCGAACUUAAAAUGUUUAAGCUACAUUUUCAAAAUGCGGCGUCAGUGCUUUCACAUUCCUGAGGACGAGGUUGGGUUAAAAUACGUCAUCGUCUUUGUUCCAGGGGUGAUCUCGUCGUAUUCUUGUUUCCUAGGACUUUGAAAAUCAAAUGGACAUAGCAGAGAAGAGAAGACAAACUUUACUGAAAGAUUUCCUUGUGCUAUAGCAAGGUCUUCGGGAAUGAAAUUUGCACUUUGUUUUGCGUGACCAACGUGACUGUAACGGUCUUUCGUGAUGAACAUUUAUGCGCUGUAUCUGUCACGUGUCUCAAUUCAAGUGAGGCUUUAAAGACUAAGUUGGCUAUAGAAUUACAGUAAAUUUAAUAAUUUUUUGAACGCAUCAAGCUUAAAGCUCUGUAUAUUUAUGCAGCCGUUAUGAGAAAUUUAGGAGCUGUCAAUUUAGAGCUUACUUGUAAUAAAACUCUUCUACUUGAUAUUUUCUUUUACAAUAAAAUACAGAAAAAUUUU